AUGGAACUGCGUGUGGGUAACAAGUAUCGGCUCGGGCGGAAAAUCGGUUCCGGAUCGUUCGGCGACAUCUACCUCGGUACGAACAUCUCCACCGGGGAGGAGGUCGCCAUCAAGCUGGAAUGCAUCAAAACAAAACAUCCGCAGCUACACAUCGAGAGCAAGUUUUACAAAAUGCUCCAAGGUGCGGUUGGCAUCCCGACGAUCAAGUGGUGUGGCUCGGAGGGCGACUACAACGUGAUGGUGAUGGAACUGCUCGGACCAUCGCUCGAAGAUUUGUUCAACUUUUGUUCGCGCCGCUUCUCGCUCAAGACAGUGCUGCUGCUUGCCGACCAGAUGAUUUCGCGCAUCGACUUUAUACACUCGCGCAGCUUCAUACACCGUGACAUCAAGCCGGACAACUUUUUGAUGGGACUGGGCAAGAAGGGCAACCUGGUGUACAUCAUCGAUUUUGGGCUGGCGAAAAAGUAUAAGGAUUCGCGCAGUAUGUCCCACAUACCGUACCGGGAAAAUAAAAAUCUAACCGGGACGGCCCGGUACGCAUCGAUCAACACACACUUGGGCAUCGAGCAGUCGCGCAGAGAUGAUCUCGAAUCGCUCGGGUACGUGCUGAUGUACUUCAACCUCGGUACGCUCCCGUGGCAGGGUCUGAAAGCGGCCAACAAGCGCCAAAAGUACGAGCGGAUCUCCGAGAAGAAGCUAUCUACGCCGGUCGAGGAGCUGUGUAAAGGGUUUCCGCGUGAGUUCAGCCUGUACCUCGCGUACUGUCGCCAUAUGGACUUUAUUCAGCGGCCUGACUACUGCUAUCUACGCAAGCUAUUCCGAACGCUGUUCCACCGACAGGGUUUCGUGUACGAUUACGUGUUUGAUUGGAAUAUGCUUAAGUUCGGGAGGCCCAAUCUGAACGCAUUCACGAGCAUGAAGCGUGGGCAAAGCCGGACACCGAGUGCCACCCAGAACGAGCAGCAGCAGCAACAGCAACAACAACAGCAGCAACAGCAGAAGCAAAUCACCAACACCACCUCAGUAACGACACCGUCCAAAGGUGCCAGCGGUGUCGGAGUGGUAGUGGCAGGUAGUGUCGGAAAUGCCAACAACGCCAACAACAGUAGCAGCGUCGGAGGUGGUACCGCGAUCGUAAGCAGUCACGCAACAUCCGGCGUGGUCGGAAACAAUGCAGCGACGGCCGUUGCCGUUGCGGCGGCCGCUGCGGCCGAUAAGAAUAAGGAAAUGUCACCACAGACACGCCACCUGCUGCAGCAUUUCAUACGGACGGAGCUGCAGAAAGGGCAACCGCCGGGCGGUGCAGGAGGAAGCGUUCAGCAGCAGCAACAACAGCAGCAGUCCGGUGGUGGCGGAAUGGUGAUGGGCGGCGGACCGCAAACGAUCGGUGGCCAACCGGCGGCGCACAGUAACAACAUUAAUAACAACAGUGGCGUCGGUGGCAAUGAUCCGAGCGUGGAUGCGACGGUGGUGGCAGCUUCCUUUUCCCGGCACGAAACACCCGAGCGCCGUUCGUCGAUUCGUCUGCGGGGACAAAAUUUGGACUCAAGAAAUGCGGAAUAA